AUGGAAGCAGUUAACCAAACAAUUUUUGAUUUCGUAAGGUUAAACAAAAACGUUUCAGACCCAGACUUCAGAUUUUUUGGCUAUGAUGUUUGCAUUGAUCUGCCACCCAGGGUAGCAUCCGAUGGCAUAUGGGGUCAAUCUGAUUUUGAUGCAUUGCCUUCAAAAUCCACGUUGCCACUAUUUGAGCUGCAAAUUCUCACCAUUUUCAUCAUCACGCAAUGCUUUCAUUUGGUACUUAAGCGCAUGGGGCUCCCCUAUUUCGUUUCACAAUUAAUGGCUGGCAUUGUUUUAGGUCCGUCUAUCAAGAUAGAAGCAUUGACCAAAUACAAAAAUAUGUUGUUUCCUAUGGGGAGUGAAGAUGUAUUGACCUUAAUAUCAGUAUUUGGGUACAUGUGGUUCCUGUUUCUAAAUUGUGUGCAAAUGGACUAUAGCAUGAUAACAAGAACUGGUAGGAAAGCUUGGACAAUCGCUCUUGCGUCAUUACUGAUUCCCACGUUUAUUGGUCUUACCAUAAGUUACAGAUUCAUGGAUGAUUGGAUAUCAUACCUUGGACUUUAUGACGGGUCAAGUCUUCCUGUGAUAGUGAUAAGUCACAGUAGCUGUUCUUUUCCUGUGAUAGCUUCUUUACUAUCUGAUCUUGAAAUUUUGAACUCUGAACUUGGACGCCUAGCACUUUCAUCAGCUCUGGUGAGUGAUGCGAUUAGUACAUUUGGGUCAGGAUUAGGCACUUCUAUUAUGAGGAAUUCUGUGACACAAACUUCCAAAAAGGAACAAGUCAAUGGAUCCCAAGUGGCUCUUUUUUCUGCACUCAAAUACAUGACUUUUUUAGUUGUGGUUCCUCUCAUUGCACGUCCUGCAAUGAGGUGGAUUGUGAGAAAAACUCCAGAAGGUCGACCUGUGAGGAGAUUACACUUCACCAUCGUCAUCAUCUUGACCCUUUUGGCUGCUAUGUUUGGAGGAAUACUUGUUAACCAGACUGUGUUAGCUGGGGUAUUGCUCGUUGGUCUUGCUGUCCCUGAAGGUCCUCCAUUAGGGUCUGAGUUGGUUAAGAAGUUUGAGUUGUUCAACACAUGGUUCCUUUUACCACUCUUUGUGACCAGCUGUGCCAUGAAGCUUGAUUUUACUGUACUAAUUAAUCACAGGCUGAUUCUCACUCUAACUGUCACCAUCAUUGUCAUCCAUUUGCUUAAGAUUCUAAUCACCAUUGGAAUUUGCAAGUAUUGCCACAUGCCCAUAACGGAUGGUUUAUGCCUUGGUCUCAUGUUGAGCUGCAAAGGUGUUGUGGAUUUUUGUACGCAUAUAUUUCUACAUGAUGCUCUGUUCUUGAGCAAAGAAGCAAUAGCCCUGAUGACUAUAUCUGUCUUGGUGUUGGGAAGCAUGGCACAUAUUGGUGUGAAGGCCUUGUAUGACCCUUCAAGGAAAUACGCAGGAUAUCAGAAAAGGAACAUUUUACACUUGAAACCCAACUCAGAGCUUAGGAUUGUUGCAUGUAUCCGCAAACCAAGCCACACACAUUCAAUCAGGGAUGCUCUUGACAUUUUCUGUCCUACAUCAAACAAUCCAUUGGUAGUUCAUGUCAUGCAUCUCAUGGAGCUUGUUGGAAGAUCCUCUCCCAUUUUCAUCUCACACCGGCUUCAAGAAAGGGUUGGCUCAGCCCGCAACUUCUCUGAAGAUGUCAUUGUUACUUUUGACCUUUUUGAACAUGACUAUGCGGGUAAUGCAUCGGUGAGUACCUACACAGCCAUAUCCCCAUUACGCUUCAUGCAAGAUGAUGUUUGUUAUCUUGCAUUGGACAAACUUGCAUCCAUCAUCAUUCUUCCAUUUCAUAUAAGAUGGGCAGAUGAUGGUUCUGUUGAAUCAGAUGAUGAGAACAUAAGGACUCUGAAUUGCAAGGUCCUGGAAAGAGCACCAUGCUCAGUGGGGAUUCUUGUCAAUAGAGGGUCCUCUUCAAACAACGAUACAGGAAAGCAAAUAGCCAUGAUUUUCUUGGGGGGAGCAGAUGAUAGAGAAGCAUUGUGCUUGGCUAAAAGAGCAAUCAAAGAAUGCACUUUUAAUUUGGUUGUGUACCACUUGGUUGCAAGCACCAGUGAAGUUACAAACUGGGACUAUAUGCUCGAUGAGGAGGUGCUGAAGGGUGUUAAGGGAUAUUAUGGCCCCAUAGAAAAUGUGAAAUUUGAAAAAAUAACUAUUGAUGGCCCUUCCGAGACCACUGCUUUAGUCUCAGAAAUAGCAGAUCAACAUGAUUUCAUUAUAGUUGGGAGACGUAAUGGGGUCAAAUCACCUCAGACAGAAAAACUUGAAAGUUGGACUGAGUUUUCUGAGUUGGGUGUGAUUGGAGAUUUGCUUGCUUCCUCAGAUAACAAUACUAAAGCAUCAAUUUUAGUGGUGCAGCAACAACAAUUGCCCAAGUCCUGAGCCUAGAGAUAGAAAAAGUGUAUACACAUACAUAUACAUAUACAUUUUUCUUGUUUGUA